UGUUGAUCUUACACACAAGCAGGAAUAGUGUAACACUUUUGUAAAGAAGCGCGCCGAUGAAGUAGAACCAGUAAAGUAUUAUCUUCGUUUCAUCUAGUUUAUUGUAGCUCUGCAGCAGAGAAAGAGAAACUGGAAUUAUGGGUGGCGCUCCGUCCCGAGUGCUGGACGACGUGUGGCUCGGCGGGUCCGACGCCAUCAAAAACGCGGACUUUUUCACGAAAAACAACGUCGGGUUCGUUUUGUCCGUGUGCGAAACGCGGCCGAAGGAUUUCCUUGUGGAGCAGUGUGACCUGAAAGUUUUGCACAUCAACGUACAGGAUGUCGAAGAGACCGGUUUGCUGGAGUACUUCCCGCUCAUCAACGCGUUCUUGCACACUUCUCGGAGCUGUAAUUGGAGUCGUGAAAAAAGAGAACACGAGGAGCCAUUACGACCAGUCGCAAUUGCGGGGGAAAUAGUUGUUGACGCAACAGAUGAUCGGGGCAGCUGCCCAGUUGCAGUUGGAGGAGGUUUGGCUACAACAAGUUCCUCAAGCUCAAAUUGUCCACCCGAGCAAGAGAUUUCAACCUUAUCAAGAAAAUUUUUCUCGCACCUGGGCGACGAGGCAGCCAGUGUCUUUUCAACAACUACAGCGCCGCAGCUUGUUAUUUCACGGAAAAACAAGCGUCAUGAAGAUCAAGAUUCCUCGAGGCAGGACGAGGACAAAGACAAUGCGAAAAGUAGAAGAUCACGAGGACGAGGACGCGCUGUCUACAUCCACUGUCAGGCCGGCAUUUCUCGAUCCACGACGAGUUUCGUCUGUUACCUCCUGCCUUGGUUGAGAAUCUCACUCUCUGACGCCCUGGGUCACGCGCACCGCUGCCGGGACGCCAUUUGCCCGAAUCCGGGCUUCAUGUCACAGUUGGCAAAGUGGGAACACGCGUUGAGAAAAGCCAGGAAGGGAAGAACAAUGAAUCCCGCGCGGCCUUUAUCUUCAGCUCCGGUCGGGGAGAAAAGUCCGAGUACAGCUGCCGCGUCGUCCCCGCCAGGCGACAAUUCCUCGUCGCUGGGUACAGCCACGUUUUUCUGCAGAAGAAGCAACAUGGAAGAACCGGGACGAAAUUCUACCUCUAGCUCCACCCGAGAACUGAUUGUGCUUCGGACGGGCAUUGACCAUCGGCCCUUCACGCUGCAGGACGUGCUCGACACAUUGGAUCAGGUCGGCACUACCACAGUGGACACCACCAACGCCGAGCUAAAGCAGCGCGACUUCGCCUUUCUCGCGAAGACACUGGAAGACCACGAGGGGGAGGGGCUGAUGUACAAGCGAGCGAAGUAUCUGUACUGUUUCGGCGGCGAGCCGGUGGAGAAAGAGUUCGAGAAGCUGGUGCAGGAGUUCGAAGACAAAGACAUGGCGCAGUACGGAUACGAACCCGAGAAGUACCUCGCUUUUGUCGAACCGAAGACGAAAAAGAAGCAUCGCGUGGUCAGGAAGGACAACCCGCACGAGGACCCGUAUUUCGGGCUGCAAAACCCGUCCAUGCGAAGAAUGGCAGGCGUGCCGAUCACUUUCGAAGCCUCCACGGGGGGCACGACUACGACAACUUCAUCAGGUGGAUCGGGUGGGGGCGAGGAAGAGGAAGAAAGCGAAAAAGCGGUAGACGUACUGUCCGAAGACACGUAUGGCACUGCUUUUGGCACGAAGGAUUUUGACGCGCAACGGAAACGCCUGCGUGAGUGCGUGAUGUCUAGUUACGAAGGGAAAGUGCCCGAGGGCGUGGGCUUGCAGUGGUUGAUGAAGGAAGAAGAUUAGGAGUGCGACAGUGAAUGCGAAGAGACACGAUAUCAACCCUGUUCCUGCGCUUUCUGUGCUGGGUGUCGAAAAAAGAAAAUUUCCUGAUACAGAACGAGAACUGGCGACGAAGAUAACUGACCUGACAGCAACUGCGG